GUCAACAGACACCCGCUGGAGUCUCCGGACGCAUCUGAGCUCACCUGCAUCCAAGCGCACCACCCAGCAGACGUCCAUGUGUUGCGCGCUCCAGUCGACUUAAAAAGAAAUUGCAAGCUCUACUCGGAGAUAAACCUCAUUAUAGUGAAAGCUUUUUGUAGAUUUGACUGUGUAUUUUCCCCGUAGUUAUGCAGGAUAAAGGAACAUUUAUCAGCCCUUUCCUCAGACCGCGGUGUCUGGCGGCAGCGGCGCCGGCCGGGAAAGCGAAAUUGACUCACCCGGGAAAGGCGAUUCUGGCAGGUGGAAUUGCAGGUGGCAUAGAGAUCUGCAUCACCUUCCCAACAGAGUAUGUCAAGACCCAGUUACAACUGGAGGAGAAGGCCAAUCCACCCAAAUACAGAGGAAUAGGUGACUGUGUGAAACAGACGGUACAGGGUCAUGGUGUUAAAGGACUGUACAGAGGACUCAGCUCACUGGUGUAUGGAUCCAUACCCAAAUCUGCAGUCAGGUUUGGAGUGUUUGAGUUCCUCAGCAACCGUGCAAGGGAUGAGUCCGGUCGACUGGACAGCACCAGAGGCCUGCUGUGUGGGCUUGGAGCUGGGGUCAUGGAGGCUGUUUUGGUGGUCUGUCCCAUGGAAACUGUCAAGGUUAAAUUCAUUCAUGACCAGACUUCAGCCAACCCCAAAUACAAGGGCUUCUUCCACGGAGUUAGAGAAAUCAUCAGGGCACAAGGAAUAAAAGGGACAUACCAGGGUCUCACCGCCACGGUCCUUAAACAAGGCUCCAACCAAGCUAUUCGAUUCUAUGUGAUGACCUCUCUCAAGAACUGGUACAAAGGUGAUGACAACAAUAAAGCUAUUAAUCCCUUGGUGACUGGAGUAUUUGGAGCCAUAGCAGGAGCAGCCAGUGUCUUUGGAAACACACCACUAGAUGUCAUCAAGACAAGGAUGCAGGGUCUGGAAGCACAUAAAUAUAAAAGCACAUUGGACUGUGCAUUAAAGAUCAUGAAAUAUGAGGGCUUGGCAGCUUUCUAUAAAGGAACAGUUCCUCGGCUGGGCCGUGUGUGUCUGGAUGUGGCCAUAGUUUUCAUCAUCUAUGAGGAGGUGGUGAAGGUCCUGAAUACAGUCUGGAAGACGGACUGAGCUACUGUACGUAUAGGGCGGUGGCUUCCUGCUUUCCAGGCAUCAGACACAGAUCUGAGUAUCACAGACCUCUUACGCAUCAUAAAAGCAAGGGGGUGAGACAGAAAGCUGAACUUAGAUCUGUGUCAUAUGCUAACCAGGAAGUUAAAGAGCCCAUAGACAGGGGCUGCAAACAAGAAUAAAGCCUAAAAAAAAAGGCCCAGUGUCGCCCAUAUCUGGACAGCUGCAGUGUAUGCCGUGACCAGACCAAGGGUCAAUUUCAGAAGUGGGAUUAUACAGUAAGGUUAGCCAAAUAACUAGGUAAAAAAAGAUGCUUAAGCUUGAUUUAUGCUUCUGUGUAAAAUCUAUGCCGUGGCUACGAACGUAGUUAAGUGGAGACACAAACCUACGCAGGACCCUAUGCCGUAGCCUCUUGAAAAAUGUAACUACAAAUAGUGGCGACGCACGUCGCUCUGCUGUGGCUUGUUAGCGUUGCAUUUCCCCCGACUCAUUUCCUUGUUCACCU